AUGUGGCUUCGCAAUCGUCGCUCUGUGAGCGUUUUAAGCGGAAUCUCGGAAGAUUUACUCGUGAGCUCUAGUAUCGGACACGAAAUAGGCGGCACCUCCCAUGCUGCAUUAGUGGACAGUUUAGUCCGGACAAAUGUCGUCCCAGCUGGGUCACGACUGGAAGCCGCGCUCCGACGGGUGGACCGCGGGGACUUUGUGUCACCCGGUUUCCGAACCUCUAACGAACGAUAUGCGAAUCGCCCGCUAAAAAUCGGGACGGAAGCCACGAUUUCGACUCCCCAGCACCACGCCCAAGUACUGGGUGCCCUGGAGCCACACCUCCGGUUAGGAAUGACAGCAGUGGACGUGGGGUGUGGUUCGGGGGUCCUCAUGGCUGCUAUGGCGCACUUAGUGGGCCCGUUAGGUUCGGUCACCGGGGUGGAAAUUGUUCCGGAUCUUGUGACGUUUGCAAUCGAAAACUUGCAACGUAGUUUGGGUGAAGAAGUUGCGGCAAAGCAGACGAGGAUUUUGCUGAGUACUGGAAAGAAAGACCUCGGUCUGCCAGCUGGUAGUCAAUAUGAUUGUAUCCAUGUUGGGGUUGCGGUAGAGACGAAAGCGGAAGCAGAGAGGUUUCUAGAGUACCUUAAACCUGGUGGGGGACUCCUGAUUCCACUUGGUGGACCAAGGACGGAGCAGAAGCUGGUCAAGAUGACAAAGCUUGCAGAUGGCACAGUGGACAAGCGCGAUGUUAUGAGCGUUCUCUGCCAGCCAAUGUUAGACGGCGUGCCAGUGGAGAUUGUUCGUGAGGCACGUGCUGAAAAUCUUGCGCGGGCGGAAAAGGCUCUAUUGCAGUGGCGCGAGGACUUUGAGACCAAGAAUGGACGCAAACCCACGCGAGAUGACCUUACUGGUAACGCGGACGCCCACAAGCUCUUUCAAGAGUUUGCCGCACUACGGAAGUAG